AAGUGCUGGUAUAACAGUAUAUGGAGCUUGAUUUGGUCUGUUUCUCACACUCUUCAGAAACUUCAAAUAAUGCUUUUCCCUCCAUUGAACCUUCUAAGACCUUACCGCAUUUCAUCUCUCUCUUCUUCAUUGUUAUCAAAAUCUCUCAUCACUCGCACUUUUUUUGUGUUGCAAGGCAACAACUUUAAACCCUUUCAAAACCGUAAUUUUUCCUCUGAACAUCGACCCACCAUUGUUGAUCAAGUCCUUUUCUCUCUGCGCUCAGAACCCAGUUCAGCAAUUAGGCUCUUUGAAUGGUCUGAGAAGGUUUUAGGGUCUAAUCAUUCCCUGCAUUCGUACUGUUGCAUUACCCAUAUUUUGCUAUUUCAUCGCUUGUUUUGUGAUGCCCACCAAGUGUUCGAUAAAAUGCUUGAGAGAUUUGGGGACUUGGAUGUGUUUGAGGUACUUCAUGAGGGUUUUAAGACAUAUGGGACUAAUCCUAACACAGUUUGUAGUUUCUUGCUUGCUGGGUAUUUUCGAAAUUGUAGAUUUGAUGAGGGUAUUAGUGUUUUCUUGCAAUUGUCGAAGAUGGGAAUUGAUGUUGCUCCUUAUGCAUUAAGAACUAUGCUUGAUUCGUUAGUUGCCUCGCGUUGCGUUGAUGGGAUUACUAAUAUACUUGAAGAAUUGUGUGAGCAGUCGGCAAAAAAAUUGAAACAAGGGUUCAAUGUGUAUGAGUUUGUCAUGAGAAAUUUUAUUAGUAAUCAUCUUUUUGAAACAGCAUUGAACUUUCAUCGGAAGAUGAUUGAUAGGGGCUUUCUGCCAAAUAUUGUUGACUGUAACAAGGUACUGAAGAUGCUUUGUAAAGAAGGUUCUGUUGAAGCUGCAUCAAAGUUCUUUUAUACAAUGCUAGAAAUUGGUCCAAGUCCAAACCUGGUUACAUUUAGCACCUUGAUUGACUCAUACUGCAAGAAAAGGAAUUUGGAGGGGGCGUUUAUGCUUUACAAUUUGAUGCUGCAGAGAGGUCUAUCCCCGGACUUAGUUGUAUAUAGUGUUAUUAUUGAUGGCCUUCUAAAGAAUGAGAGGGUAGAAGAAGGCCAUCGCUUUUUGACUGAGGCUUUAGAAAAGAAUCAAAAGUUGGAUGCUGUCAUUUUUGGCUCAAUCAUGGAUUCAUAUGUGAGAGUAGGAGAUCUAGGGAAAGUAAUUGAAGUGUAUAGAAGAAUGUUUAGGGAAGGAAUCUCGCCUAGCAUAGUUACCAAUGGCAUUCUCAUAAAAGGGUUAUGCCAAGCUGGCUGUGUUCGUGAGGCUACUGGGGUCUUUGGUGAUUAUGUGAAACGUGGUUUGGAGCCUUCUAAUUUGGCCUAUAGUAAUCUUAUUGAUGGAUUCUGUAAAUUGGGAGAUCUGAAAGAGGCAUUUAUAUGGUACAGAAAGAUGUUGGUGGCUGGCCAUGUACCAGAUCUUGUCGUAUAUGCAGUACUUAUCAAUGGGCUUAGCAAACAAGGUUAUUUGAAUGAAGCUCUUCAGUUCUUCUGUCAGGCCUCAAAGAAGGGUAUACAGCCUAAUGUAUAUGUAUAUAACUCUUUGCUAGAUGGUUAUUGUAGAUUGAACCAAAUGAGGGAUAUGAUGAAGGUAUAUAGUCUAAUAUCAAUGAGGAACAUAAUUCCUGAUUCCGUAACUCAGACUUUGCUUCUGAAAGCACUGAUUGCUCAAGAGAGAAAUGUCGAGGCUCUGAUUCUCUUUUUCCAAAUGGUUAAGAUAGAUGCCCCGGAUGCCAUUGCAUAUUGCACACUGAUUCAUGGCUUCUGUGAGCAGAAAAACUUGAAGGCUGCCUUAAAUCUUCAUCAGCUUAUGAAACAGACUAGGGUGAGUCCUGAUAUUGCCAUUUACAAUGUUCUUAUAAGAGGUCUCUUCAAUGUUGACCGGGUUGACGAUGUGAAUAAUCUCUUUCGGAAACUUGCUGCUCAUGGGCCAGAACCCAAUAUUGUGACAUAUAACACUAUGAUUUGUGGUUACUGCACUUCAGAGAAGUUGGACGAGGCAAUGCAGCUAUAUGAAAGCCUAGUAGAUGGACCCAUCAGAGGCACUGUUAUCACUCAUAGUAUUCUGAUUGACGCUCUCUGUAAAAGGGGUAGAGUAAACGAGGCAAUGCUGAUCUUCAGAAGAAUGCUAAAUGAAGGCUUGAAGCCUACUGUCGUGACAUACAGUUGCUUAGCUGAUGGCUACUUCAAAUUUUGUGGCUUGGACAGUGCCUUUGAAUUAUUUGAAGAAAUGUCUAAGAACAAAAUAGACCCCAAUAUUGUCAGUUUUAGUAUCAUAAUGGAUGGCCUGUGCAAAAGAGGACUGAUUGAAGAGGCUUUAAGUACUUUCGAUGCUGCUGUUUAUAGGCGUUUAUUACCUGAUGUUGUGGCUUACAGUAUAGUUAUUCAUGGCUGUUGCAGAGUCGGGAGACUAACAGAAGCCAGAAUUAUGUAUGAAAAGAUGUUGGCGAAGGGUGUAGUUCCGGAUCAAGUUCUAGAUAGAAUAAUAGUAGAGUAUAAUCUCUUGGGUGAGUUGGGUCUGAGUUAAUUAACUUCAAAACUAAGUUUGUCAUGUCCAUUGUGGAGGCAAUUUGUGCAUCUGGGAUUCUGGGAUCUAUAGAACAAAUUUGGUAUCGUUUAUCUUGUUGUACACUGAACUGAUGUAUAGGAUGACAACAAAUUUAUGAAAAUUACAUAUUUGAAAAUAUGACUACGUUUAUCCUUAUUAAAAAUCACGAUAAAUAGUCUAAGGGGGAUUGUGAUGUGUAAUUAUUGUAAAAUAGUCGAAUGUUACACUUCAUUCAUUGGCAUUAUAUCACCGUGUAUGUUAUGUUUUGGACUUCA